AUGGCGUCGGCCAAUAGCAAUGGCAGCAAUAGCCAGAGCGGGAGGCCUGCGCUGCUUCCGCCUUUGACCAUUAACGAUAACGAGCACGAGAGCAAGGCGAAGAAGAAGAGGAACGUCAACAAGAAGAGAUUGGUUGUUGCUAUUGGCCGCAGCAACCUCGACCCCUUCAUCGACAAGGAUAGCCUGAUUCUGGUCAGAGACCCGCCUAGAGAGCGCCUUGCGCGAUCCAGAGUUUCAGCUGAGGAACAGUUGCACGAGGAAACGCUCUUGUCUCGCAUUUCUGGGAAACAGGACGCCCAGUUCCAGCACGACUAUCCUGUCCUUAGUCCUGCUUCCACCACCACUACUUCCCCUUCCAGUUCUUGUGGCACAAAUUCUGCCUGUACUACUCCCUGUAACACCACCGCCUCAAUCACCCAUAGAUUAAGCCAGGAAGAGGAAUAUUACGCUGACAUAUACCAGUACUAUUACGACGUCACGAAACCACCAUCAAGAUCUCCGUCUCCACCUCCACGCGCGUCUGACCUCAUUUCGUCCUCAUCAAGACGCGACAAGGCAUCCCCGUCCAUCUCUGCAUUUACGCCUAGACCUGAAAAUAGAUCUAUCCUGUUCCCAACGCCCGCACCCUUAGAGAUUCAGAACCCGCCGCCCACGCCCACAUCACCCACCAUGUCCAAAAAACGCGGGUCGCUCCAGUCUAUUUUCGUGCCAUCCUUCCUGCAAUCCGCCAUCGGUGGUACAACGCCCCCGCUGACACCUGAAGCGACGUCUACGCCAUCAACAUCUACUGCUGUGCCUGGACAAGGGCACGGGACCGUGAAGUACGCGUCAAGGAUGCGUGCACUGUCGGCUGCAGGAAGCCAGUCAAAGGCGAGCCAUGGCAGCGCGAAUGCAAUCUCGAACUCCAGUGCAGUCAGCAACGCGACGAGCGAAGGGCACCAGCGGAAACGGAGUAUGACAUUUAGCAUGAGUAUGAGUCUGAGCAUGGCCUCUUCACUACACUCGCCCUCCACAACCUCGUUCAUCACAUCACCCCCCUUCGUCGCGACCGACAUCCCAUCUGUCUCUUCUCCCUCAUCUCCGUCCACGACCCCACUCUCUCCACGCAGCUCGCCACCCCCCGCGUUCCUGAUUGACGACGACCCAUUCGCAAAUCUCACAUCGGCGCCGUCCGAGUCAAUGGGCCUAGGUCGAUUUCACCACCACCCGCACCCACCGCCUGCGCCUGCGCCUGUGGUCGUCCCACUUCCGCCGCCACCCAUCCCGAUCCCUCGCUCGCCGUUGCAUGAAUCGCCAGUGAUGUUACCGUCGGUGGCUGGGGCCAUCUCAUCGUCUGUGUCGUCGGAUAUGACCAUCACACCUAGUAGCGCAAGUACAAGUUCAAUUUCAAGUCCCUCUUCGCUUGUUGGACAUGCACCGGUGCAUCUACCCUCCUCACCGAUCGCUCAUAACGCGCCGUCCGCGUCGACCUCUACGCUUUCUCUGACAACGCUCUCAAAAUCGCCGUCUCUUUCGUCUAUUUCCAUGGCUAAAUCACCCGUUGUUUCUUCCUCAUCGUUGUCAAGCUCCAGCGUUGUUGCGAAGACUCCUUCACUCUCUGCCCCGUCUUCACCACCUGCCCCGCCCCCGCAGCGCGCGCGACCUGCGCACCAGCGUCCAGCAUUCUCCCCGAGGCCAAGUUUGCCAUCGCUCGACACACUAGCGAGGAUGAAUGUCGUGCUGACAAAGAAGGUGCGAAAAGGACGUGUUGGUGCAGGACUGCCGUUUGAGCCUUGGGAUUUGCCUUCGGACGACGAGGCUGCGCCGCCGCCUCCGCCACCUAGCGCGUCGGCUUCGAAUUCGAGUUUCAAUGUUCCGAAUACGGCUUCAGCAGCAGCGGGACCCGUGUCAGGUUCGAAUGCAGUUGUCGAACCCACCCCAAGUGCCCUUGUACAGACUCCUCCAGUUGUGCUGUCAAAAGCGACUCCCUCGUCGCCUCCACUUCCAACAUAUUCAUCUAAUUCUACAGUUUCUCCGCCCACAUAUUCACCUGCGCUUUCGACCAUGACAUCGCCUAUUCAAUCUCGCGCAGUGUCUCCGUCGCCUCUUCUACAGCCCCCUCACCCCACUUCUUCCACACCAUCUGUAUCGACGUCUCCAUCCAUGCGAUCGCCAUCCUUGUCGCCCGCCUCUCCUUCAUCUCCUUCAUCAUCAUCUUCUUCAGCAUCUUUCACCCCACCCGCAACAGCGACGACGUUCGCGUCCGCGCCAACGAGUGGGUAUCACCCACCCCCACCGCCAGCGCCCAUGCAUCCACCUCCACCCCCGCCUCCGCAGCAGCACGCGCCGCUACACCUCCCACCACCCACGCCGCUGAAAAUAGCCAGGCCGCAGCCGCUCCUACCGAGCCAGAUCCUCGCGCUCGGCUCGAUAGCCGCUGAUGUCGAGAUGGUUGUGCCUGUUUCUGGGUAUCCUGGGACGUCAUGGAAGUCCACGUCGUCGCCGACCAUAGCUGCGCCAGACGCACCAUUGCAGCCGCUCUCGAAUGUGGCAGGGCCGACGCGCCUGCCGGUAGUCGAAGAGGCGGAGCCGCCCAAAGUUAGUGUGGAAGACGCGCAGGACGUAGUUGUGCAGCAGGAGGCAGAGGAGGAGGGGUCGGAUGGAUACUUUGGAGACUUUUUGGAUCGGUAUCAACACCCAAGCAGGGCGUGCAGCGAGGAUGGACAUGGAGUUGGAAAUGGCUCCGCUAUGCCAAUUCCUGUUGACGAUGGGCUUUCACAUAGUGGGUUAUUGGCGGUUGCAGCGCAAGGAGCGACCGUCGAUAGGAAUUCGUUUACGGAGGAAUACUCCUACCUUGGAAAGCUGGUCGACGACAACACAGAGGCGGAGGUGGAGGGUCCGGGUGUACAAUCAGAUGUGGUUCAAGGAUUGGCGAUGUUCUCGUCGCCCCCUUUGUCUACUUCCUUGAACCGGUCGUUCUCGACGCGUUCUGAUUCAUCUAUGGGUUCCAUUGAUUCAGCGAGUGCUGUCGAGCAAGCUGAUACGGGUGAUGAUCGCGCGGAAAGCAAGGGGCGAAUAAGAGAAGAGCGGUGGUCAUAUCGACGCUUCGUGGGUCCUAGUCGAAGUUUAUCAUCACUCGAAUUAGAUAUGGAUGGCGAGAGCGUGGCUGGUUCAGGACACGACGCACACUCGGCGGAGAGCGACUGGUUGAGAGGCGAUGGCACUCACAGCAGCAGCAGCCACCCCAGUCUGUCGCGAACGCGAUCCUUGUCUGAUGACAGUGACAUGGUUCAGUCCCCUACCCCGGGAGACUACGAUUACACCUAUUACCCUUACUCCCAUGCCCGCGCGUUGGCGAGUACGUACCAGGCACCUAGGCACUCGGCACUCUUUGCGCCGAACGCAGGUCCUGGAGAGGAUGAAUCGUUGUUUCAUACUGAGUCUGCUAGGCACGCCUUUUCAUCUUCUUCUUCAGUUGAAGAUGUUAGAGAAGCAGGAAUUACGUGGGACGCGGCGUUCAUAACGGAGACGGACAGGGGAGUUAGUAUGCCUGAAGGACUCACGGAACUCACGGACGGCGAUGGAGGGUACGGCUUCGGGUUCGAUAAGGUUAUAGUUGCGGAAGAAGUCCACCGUGACGUCGUCGUUGGGAAAGAGAAGGAGAGCCUCACGACCGCCACGAGUGUCGAGGUCGCCCACGGCCAGCCUACUUCAACAGUCCCCAGAGCGGCUGACUUGCCUUCUUCCUCUUCCUCUUCAGACCAACACGAUUUAUCACUGUCAGCCUCCACAAAUCUGUCACCUGUGGAGCCCGGAAUAUCACCGCUCGUUUCCGAAUCAGACUCCAAUACACAGCUCACUUCCUUGACUUCCGACGACGAGUUGAUGUCUCGUUCAAACGCACUAGCAUCUGGCCAUCCGCUUCGGUAUCGGACUACAACUAUGAGACCAAGGGCCUCAGGCGAGCCCAACGAUUCUACGGGCUAUCGCUCUCGUGGACACUCUGCAGCGUCAUCAAUAUCUCAAUCGUAUAAAGCAGGCAGUUCACACGCGCAACAGGCCAAUAGUAUCACAUCGAACGCUUACUACUAUUCUAUGGGAUCGCGCGACUAUCGAGGCGUAAGAAGGAGAGGAGAUAGCGACGAUGAAGAUGGAGAGGAAGAGAAGAGGAGGCGCCGAGCAUUGGAGCGUACGUAUGUACACGACAGUGUGUCCAAGAUCACUUCGCAUUCUUCCAGCGACGAUGACAGUGCAGACAACUACGGCGAAAUCAGCGCCUCGUCCUCGAAAAAUCGCUUGGCGCCCAGAGCAAACGCGGGCGGGUCUGUUAUUUUACGGUCGCCAUCCGUCACGGGUUCUUUCGUGACUGCAUCCUCGAGAUCUCCUUCGUUAAAACCAAUGGACUUCCCUGCUUCUUCCAAACACAGUAGCCGCUAUGCAUCCGAAGACGAAAGCGAGGACGAUGACAGCACCAGCGACUCCGACGAUGACGUACCCCUCGCGCAACGCAUCCCAGGCGCAUUGACAGCACAGCAAACGAUACGACGGCAAUUCCGGGAGGAGCGAGAGCAGCGUAAGCGGGAGAAGGCGUUGCGGAUGGAGAACGGAAAUGCAGAGCGGCGAGCGCGACAGGAGACGCUGCGGCCUGCUGGAGCCGGGCCCUCUAUGCAAGAUGGCAACGUUGGGUCCAGCUCUCGUGAUGCUGCUAUGCACGCUGCAUCAUCUGUCAGUGCUCUUCAGAGACAGAGAACGACGACGCUGCCGGGUAAGGCUCCCACGGCGGGUGCUUUCAACCCGCACGAUUUGGCAAGGAAACUCCAGAAUGUGCAACUAGCGGAAGCGUCGCCGCCGGCAUAUCAGCAACAACAGUUAUAUCUUCUCCAACAACAGCAUCAACAGCUUGCUCUGCGCCAACGUUCCAAAUCAGUCUCCAAGCCGUCCGCUGAUCAUCAACCUUUACCUCCUUAUUCUGCAGCGUCGCCUUCGGCAUCAUCUCCUGCAACGCGUAGCCGGAGUAUCAGAGACCCUUCGACGCAGACACAACACCAAUUUUCUCCAUCAUCGCCUAUGGGCCAAACGAAUGUCCCCCCGGUUCCGAGUCUCCGUCCCAUGCGCUCAUUCCAUCGCCCAUCAGAACAUCGUUCCGUCGGCGUGGAAGAUCCACGAACAAUGCCGCAUCCCUCUGAAGCUGAGCAGCGUUUAGGCCGCUCUGUGACAUCUGCGACGCGCAGCCACCGCCCUGUCCCUGUGGAUGACCCACGCUUUGGCGCAGAUGCUGACCCUCGACUGGGACGUUCUGUGACCUCAGCGACCCGUGCUCCACGUCGACGAUCACCAUCUCAAUCGAGGCCCGGAGGCGAACGUUCCAUUGAACCGGUGCCGCCGCUACCCGCAAGCAUGCACGGCCGAACCAGUCAUGAUGAUCCAAGAAAGAAUGUAAGGCCAGGCACUGCAGAGGGGCGCAAUCCAUCGACACGAACAUCCGGAGAUGUGGAACGCGCGCCCAGGAGCGCUCCUGCUCAGCCUCCUCUGCCGCCUCUCGCUAAUAAAGUUGUGGUCUCGCAGCAGCGCGUGUUUGUAGGCAACCUCCAGCAAUUCCACAUGGUUGAGAUUGGGCCCACAACUACCGCUGGCGAUAUUGUUUCAAUGAUGGAAGCUCAAGGUGCCUUGAAUGGCUGGGCAGGUAGUGGCGGAUGGAUGGUCUUCGAGGUUGCUCAAGACUUUGGAAUGGAACGUCCUGUCCGAAGCUAUGAAUUGCUUGCUGAUGUGCAGUCUUCCUGGCUCAAAGACAAAAGCGUGAACUACUUUGUUUUGAGGCUGACUCCCCUAGCCGUCCCACUCAAUAUCCAUGCCAUUCCAACAAGCUCCCCUACCCAUUCUGGUUAUAUUGAAUGGGAAGUAAAACGAGGCAAAUGGAGCAAACGGUGGUUGCACCUUCGAGAACACAAUUUGUAUCUAGCCAAACGUGAUAACGGCAAAGACGAGGUUCUCAUCUGCUCUUUGUCAAACUUUGACGCGUAUACCAUCACCCGACACCAUCGUGCGCCAAAACCGUUUGCAUUCGCCGUAAAAUCUACCGACAACUUGUCAUUUUUUGAAAAUACCGCGGACUAUAUGCACACUUUCUCAUGCAACGAAAAGGAUGGACAAAUCUGGAUUGAAAAGAUUCUCGUGGCUCGUUCAUAUGUUCUUCACCAAGAGCGGCACAUCUUGUUCAACCCUAAAACUACGGGCACCAACGGCAACAGCAACGGUGCAGCAGUUUCACGGGCAGGAACGAAGAAAUACACACCGGUCAGAUCAAAUCAACAGCCCCUCGUCUCCUUACCUCCGAUCGGGGUCGCACAGUCCUUACCGCACCAUGACGUUUUCGAACCGGGUUCGCUCCUUGCCAAACAUUAG